UUCUUGGAAAUAAUAAGGAUCCUAAUCAUGUAAAAAGUGUUAUAACAGAUUUUUUGAAUGUGCGGGAUGGCGUUAGUAAAAAGAAUAAUAAUUAUAGUUGUCAAUAUUAUUUUCAUAACAAGGAUUUCCAAGAUUUGAAAGAAAACUUAGAAAAAAAAAUUUUGUAUGACUAUUUUAAAGACUUUCAGUCUAUUAAGAGUAAUAUCCAUUCAAAGGCUAAAUACGACCUAUAUAAUAAAUAUAUUACUUAUAUUAAAAGCUUAUAUGAUGAAUAUGGAGAAGAUUGCACUGAUCCUAUUGAUUUCAUGGAGUAUAAUUGUGAUGAAUAUUUUGAACAAGACAGCAAGGCCUAUGAUCCAAAUGUUCUUCUAACAACGUUAAAAAAAUAUAAAGGACAAACAUUAGAUAGUAAUAGAGGGCCAUCAGCUGAUGAUAUGCCCCCAGAACUUAAGGCAUUUUUGGCGAUGCGUAGUACUGGUGGAAGAACUGAAAAUUUGCCAGAGGUUCCUGAACUCCAACCUCCAAAAGGUGCAGGUGCCAAAGAUCAAGGAUCUAAGGGUUCGGCAGAACUUGCACGUCCUGAUGUAUCCGUAAAGAAACCUGAGGGCGCUGAGAGCCCAGUGGCACAAAAGGGAUCUGGCUCACAUUUAGUCCCAUUUAAAUUUUUGGGCUUAUUCCCUGGUGGAUCUGGAAAAGCAAAGCCAGUAACCACUAAAGGGAAAAAUGUAGUGAUCCCAGCGGCACAAAAGGAAUCUCGCUCAUCUGUUGGCCCAUUUAAAUUUUUGGGCUUAUUCCCUAGUGGAUCUGGAAAAGCAAAGCCAGUAACCACUAAAGGGCAAAAAGUAGUGAGCCCAGUGGCACAAAAGGAAUCUCGCUCAUCUUUAGGCCCAUUUAACUUUUGGGGCUUAUUACCUGGUACAUCUGAAAAAGCAAAGCAAGUAAUCACU